AUGUCUCACGGCGGUUGGGGCUACGGCGCCGACAACGGUCCGGACUCCUGGCAGCAGAACUUUCCGGUGGCCAAUGGUCCGAGGCAGAGUCCGAUCGACCUCAGUCUCAAAGUCUCGGUGUUUGAUCCGAGUCUGAAGCCUCUGAAGCUUCAGUACGAGCCGCGAGACUCCGCCUCCAUCACCAACAACGGGCACUCCUUCCAGGUGGACUUCAGCGACGACACCGACUCCUCAGUCUUGAGGGGGGGUCCGGUCUCUGAGGUCCACAGACUGAGACAGUUCCACUGUCACUGGGGGGGCAGCGACGACCGUGGAUCUGAGCACACUGUGAACGGCUGCAGCUUCCCCUGUGAGCUCCACCUGGUACACUGGAACACUAAGUACCCCAGUUUUGCAGAAGCAGUGAAGCAGCCGGACGGCCUGGCAGUGGUGGGAGUGUUCCUCAAGAUCGGUGCAGCGAACCCAAACCUGCAGAGACUCUUGGACAGUUUUGGAUCCAUCAAGAACAAGGGACAGCAGAGUGUGUUCUCAGACUUCGACCCCCGCAGUCUUCUUCCUCCGUCUCUGGAGUUCUGGACGUAUGAGGGCUCUCUGACCACGCCCCCUCUGCUGGAGUGUGUCACAUGGAUCGUCCUCAAGCAGCCAAUCAGUGUCAGCCCUGCUCAGGUACUCAUCCUCAACCAGCCAAUCAGUGUCAGCCCUGCUCAGGUACUCAUCCUCAACCAGCCAAUCAGAGUCAGCCUUGCUCAGGUACUCAUCCUCAACCAGCCAAUCAGUGUCAGCCCUGCUCAGGUACUCAUCCUCAACCAGCCAAUCAGAGUCAGCCCUGCUCAGGUACUCAUCCUCAACAGCCUGUCAGCCAUCUCAACAGCCAUCAGAGUCAGCCCUGCUCAGGUACUCAUCCUCAACCAGCCAAUCAGAGUCAGCCCUGCUCAGGUACUCAUCCUCAACCAGCCAAUCAGAGUCAGCCCUGCUCAGGUACUCAUCCUCAACCAGCCAAUCAGAGUCAGCCCUGCUCAGGUACUCAUCCUCAACCAGCCAAUCAGAGUCAGCCCUGCUCAGGUACUCAUCCUCAACCAGCCAAUCAGAGUCAGCCCUGCUCAGGUACUCAUCCUCAACCAGCCAAUCAGAGUCAGCCCUGCUCAGGUACUCAUCCUCAACCAGCCAAUCAGAGUCAGCCCUGCUCAGGUACUCAUCCUCAACCAGCCAAUCAGUGUCAGCCCUGCUCAGGUACUCAUCCUCAACCAGCCAAUCAGUGUCAGCCCUGCUCAGGUACUCAUCCUCAACCAGCCAAUCAGUGUCAGCCCUGCUCAGCCCUAG